UUCUCUCACAAAAAGCAGACUCUUGUUGCUUUUAACCUGAUUAGUCAGAGAGUGUAUUGUGCGUUACUGUGAGAGCGUGGGCUCCAGAGACAAACAUUUGCCUUAAAGGCACUGGAGAUAUGAACACCAUCGACGCGCAGAUCCAUAACAAUAGUACCGCUGCUGUCAACCCUCUCCAGCAACUGCAAAAAAGCGCGCACGAGACACCGGAUAUGGCCGUGUAUUGUGACAACUUCAGUGUUUACCACCAACAGAGUCUACCUGCGGCGCAGAGACCAGCGGGCUACGGCCUGGGGGACUACGCGACCCCAAACCCAUACCUGUGGCUCAAUGGACCCAGUGUUAACUCCUCUUCGUCUUACAUACAUGGCAACAACAGCCCGUCGUUCAUCCCUCCGGCUUAUGGCUCUCAGAGGCAAUAUCUCACCAACUCCUCCGGGUUCGCCGGUCCGGACUUGGGCUGGCUCUCUAUCGCGAGCCAAGAGGAACUGUUAAAGCUCGUGCGCCCGCCUUACUCGUACUCAGCUCUGAUAGCCAUGGCAAUACAGAACGCGCACGAGAAGAAGUUAACUUUGAGCCAGAUAUAUCAAUAUGUGGCGGAUAAUUUCCCGUUUUAUAAGAAGAGUAAGGCGGGAUGGCAGAACUCCAUUAGGCACAACCUUUCACUGAAUGACUGCUUUAAAAAAGUGCCGCGGGACGAAGACGACCCAGGCAAAGGAAACUACUGGACUCUAGACCCCAACUGUGAAAAGAUGUUUGACAACGGCAACUUUCGUAGAAAAAGGAAGCGCAGGUCUGACUCCAGCACAGGUGUUGCCAGCAACACAAAACCGGAGGAGGACCGACAGCUCGCAGGGAUCAAAUCCACCGACAGCCCUCACCUCACCGGACCCGCAUCUCCUGACACUGACGCGGCCAAUGAUAGCCACAAGGGCGCGUCUCCUGCGGGCCUCGCCAGCGCUCCGUGCUUCAACAACUUCUUCAACAGUAUGUCAGCCUUAAGCUCGUCUUCCGCUCCGACUAGCAGACAGGGCUCUCUGGGGCUGGUAAACGAACUCUCCAGCCGAAAUAUCAGCGCAUUGAGCCCGUACCACGCCAGCUCAGCGCCUGACGCAGGUGGAGCGGCUGAGCUGCAGGACAGCGUGCAUGUCAACCGUGGAAUGUACUAUAACUCUUUUACCGGCGGCCAGAGUGCGCAGUUCAACGGACACUUCUACAACAGCUUCAGCGUGAACAGUCUCAUUUACCCUCGAGACGGAACGGAGUUAUGAAUCUGUCAUACUCGUGAAUACCUACGACGCGUUUCUAAAAAGAAAAAACAAAACAAAGAAUUAUUUCAGCACUGUAUAUGCGCUGCUGAAAUGUGACAGGCAUUAUAAACAGAUAACAUUCAUUUAAACGCGACAUUUACGCACUGACAG